CGGGGCCGGGCUCCCCUCGGCAGGGGGACAGGGGGGCCCCGCUGCCCCGGGAGCGCCUAGACCCCGCCGGCACCGCCAAGAGUGGGUCUGUGAAGGCAGGGAAGAUGCCGGAAGGGGAGAAAAUGCGACAGUGUAAGCAAGAAGAGGAGCAGCGGCAGAAAGGAGAGGAGCGGGAGGGUCUCAUCGAGUUCUACAGCUCCUACCAGGAGCUCUUCCAGUUCUUCUGCAGCAACACAACCAUCCAUGGGGCCAUCCGCCUGGUGUGCUCCAAAAAGAAUAAGAUGAAGACAGCCUUCUGGUCCGUUCUCUUCUUCCUCACCUUCGGCUUAAUGUACUGGCAGUUCGGGAUCCUCUACAGGGAGUACUUCAGCUACCCUGUCAACCUCAACCUCAACCUGAACUCCGACAGGCUGACUUUCCCGGCCGUGACGCUGUGCACCCUCAAUCCCUACAGAUACAGCGCCAUCCGAAAGCAGCUGGAUAAGCUGGACCAAAUCACCCAACAGACGCUGCUAGACCUCUAUGACUACAACAUGUCUCUGCCACAAAGAGACUGGUCCACAUCGUCCACACAAAAGCGUAGCUCAAGGAGCCUGCUCCAUCAUGUCCUGCGCCAUCCUUUGCGGAGGCAGAAGCGGGAUAACUUAGUCAACUUGCCGGAGAACAGUCCCUCAGUGGACAAGAAUGACUGGAAAAUUGGCUUUGUUCUGUGCAGCGAGAACAACGACUGUUUCCACCAGGCCUACUCCUCGGGAGUGGAUGCCGUGCGGGAAUGGUACAGCUUUCACUACAUCAAUAUCCUGGCGCAGGUGCCUGAUGCAAAAGACCUGGACGAGUCUGACUUUGAGAAUUUCAUCUAUGCGUGCCGCUUCAACGAGGCAACGUGCGACAAGGCGAACUAUACCCACUUCCACCAUCCCUUGUAUGGGAACUGCUAUACCUUUAAUGACAACAGCAGCAGCCUGUGGACAUCCUCGCUGCCCGGGAUCAAUAAUGGUCUCUCUCUGGUGGUGCGCACCGAGCAGAAUGAUUUCAUCCCUCUGCUGUCCACGGUGACAGGAGCCAGGGUCAUGGUCCAUGAUCAGAAUGAGCCAGCCUUCAUGGAUGACGGGGGUUUCAAUGUUCGUCCUGGCAUCGAGACCUCCAUCAGCAUGAGGAAGGAGAUGACCGUGCGCCUUGGGGGCAGUUACAGCGACUGCACAGAGGAUGGCAGCGACGUGCCAGUGCAAAACCUGUACUCGUCCCGCUACACCGAGCAGGUCUGCAUUCGCUCCUGCUUUCAGCUCAACAUGGUAGAACGCUGUGGCUGUGCCUACUACUUCUAUCCCCUGCCCGACGGAGCAGAGUACUGUGACUACAUGAAGCACAGGGCCUGGGGCUACUGCUAUUACAAACUGCUGGCUGAAUUCAAAGCUGACGUGCUGGGCUGUUUCCGCAAGUGUCGGAAACCUUGCAAGAUGACAGAAUACCAGCUGUCAGCUGGAUACUCCCGCUGGCCUUCUGCUGUCUCAGAGGACUGGGUUUUCUACAUGCUUUCACAACAGAACAAAUACAAUAUCACAUCCAAGAGGAACGGAGUUGCCAAAGUGAAUAUCUUUUUUGAGGAGUGGAACUACAAGACCAACGGGGAGUCCCCAGCCUUCACGGUAGUGACUCUGCUGUCCCAGCUUGGCAACCAGUGGAGCCUCUGGUUUGGGUCCUCUGUCCUGUCUGUGAUGGAGCUUGCAGAGCUGGUUCUGGAUUUCAUUGCCAUCACCUUUAUCCUGGCCUUCCGCUGGUUCCGCUCUCGGCAGAAGCUGUCUCCGCCGGGACCCCCUCUGGGCAGCCAGGAUAACACUGCUUUCCAAGAUGAGGCACCAGCUCUCAGUGCUCCACACCGCUUCACUGUUGAGGCUGUGGUGACCACGCUGCCAUCCUACAACAGCCUGGAGCCACGUGGGGCGAGCAGGGAUGGUGAGGUGGGACACGAGUGAGGCAGCAGCUUCCUCCACUCUUCAGAUGGGUGGCAGCUGGAGCAGAGGCUGCACGCUUUGUCUGCGGGGACUGCGUUUCCUUCUUUCUGGGGUGCUCCACAUGGACCGUAGCAAAGGACUGCUCCGUGGUUGGCCUGGGCUCAUUGCUUUCACUGCUGUAGGCGAAUUCUUCAGUCUCAUGAAACACUAUUGCUGUGGGAUCACCAGGGAUGAGAGCUGAUCUACUGUACGUGUGGGGGAGAUGUCCUCUCGAUUUCCUUGUGCUCUGUGCAUGUGCACACCUACGUGUGCAUGCAUGCUUUCCUUUCCCUCCAACAAGGAUGCUGCCACAGUUCUGGUCUGUCAUUAAUUAAAGAGGUUUGGCAGGUGUGACUGGCCUCCUCUGUGGUAUCACGAGGAACAGGAAUGGAGUCUCAGCUGGGGUAUAAAUCACUCAGUAGGCUGAGCUUUGUUAAGCUUUCCCUAAACGGGUUGCUCUUUCCUCAUUCUUCGUGUCCAGCUCUGAUCCCAAGACUGUGUCACCUACCCUCUCCUCCCCCCAGGAGAGGCUGCUUGAAACAAGAGCCACUGGCACGAUCUGGAUCUGCAUUACGCACAAAGCCCUGGAGAGGUGCUCGAAGCUUGCUGCCACUCCCAGGUCUGGGACAAAACACCCCUGGCAAAGUGAAGGCUCCCUCUUCAAGCCGCCUUUGUGGCACUGGUAGAUGUUGGGUGUCCCCCCUUUCUUGGGGUACGCCAUACACGUGUACAUCCAGCCAUUUGAUUGUUUGCCAACAGCUCUGGGACAGAUCGAUCUCCACAUUUGCUUGACCCCCUCCCUGCUUUCUCCCUGAGGGAAACAAAGAGAGUUUGGCAGGAUUAUGUACGCCCUCCAAAAAUCGCAAACGGUACCUCUGCUGCCGUGGGAUCCUGCAGGAGAGGACUGGAGCAGCGCAGGUCAUGCAGUGCCUGUUCUGCUCCUCCCAGCCCUUGUCUGGUCCACCCACAGAAACCCUGCUGAGCUUCUUCUUCCUCAGGGAAGCACUGCAGGCUUUAAUCAGAAGUGCUUCCAAGGAAAGCCUUAGCCUGUUUGAUUGGACCACGUGGGCAGAAAUGGUCCUCUUCUCAGGAACCAACUUGGGGACCCUGGUGUAAGAAAACACGUUUCUCGCAGUGAGCCUGCCAUACUCUCUUCUUACAAAUACUCAGACCCCUGCUGCAAGGGUGUUUGCACUGCACUCUAUGGGGUACCAAGAGAGCAAGGGUGAUGUCCUUAAAAAAACAGGAUUAUCCAUUUCACAGGACAAACAGAGAUACCAGAAUUUAAGCAGUUCAGGCAAAGACCUGUGGAACCCUGUAACCAAUCACACUGCAAACAGCCACUUUUGAAUUUAAAAACUAGUUAAUCAUAACAAAAGAAAAACUGGAGCUGUUUUAAAAAUGAAGGUAGAUGCAUUGCCCUUGGGAAGUUGGAGGAGUUUACUGCAGUAUCUAAACUGUUGCCUAAUUUUUCCCUUUGAGAUGCUAAACGCAUGCUGGUUGUACUGCUCUUGCCUUGAUUACCUAAAUGCACUUUUCAAUUCCCAGCAGAGAGUGAUUUGAUUCUUCAUCACAUACACACGCAAAUGCUAUGUUCUUUAUUGCACAAAUAUUCCUGGUUUUACGAAUUUUAUCCCAGUGCUCAGCUGAUAACUCUCGUUUGAAAGUGAAGAUAAUGUCUCUCUGCUAGGAGUAGAAGCAAGUAACUCCUUCAGCAAGGGUGGCAGCCCAGCAGGAGGGAGAGGCCUGCAAUGAGCACUUAGAGGUGUGGGAACAAGUAUUCCUCCUUGGAGGUCCCCCCUAGAAAAAAAAUCAGGGCUUCUGCAAACAUGAAAAAAAUCCAUUUUCUGUCUGAUUUUAAAUGAA